CGUCCUCGCCCAGGGGGCCUAAGUGCUCCGUUAAAGACCGGAACCACACUAUUGGACAUUGAUCAAGCUUGUCCGAGAGAGGAUCGAUGAGGCAGGAAGCAGUGGUCAAGAUAGAACCCAAGUUUUUUUUUUCUUAAUUCUGGCGACACUGCUUCCGGCACCUUCAAAGUUUGACACGGCACACAAGUCCAUUCACGAACCUGCGGCGAUACAGUGCAUAUUUCCCUCCGUACCUCAGACCUGGAGUGCAUAAGCUCUGUUUACCAACAGCAAAAUAGACGAGCGGAUUAAGUAUAUGCCAGACCUACAGUUAUUGACUCAUCGGUUCACACGAUGCAGCAUUUGAAACUAGCGCUGGGAGAAGCAAGCUACAUUUCUCAUGAAUAUCGCUGAUAACGGUGUCCCUGCUGUCCAUAUCGAUGCCGCAAAGAUACUGGAUAACCUCGUUCACGAACUCGGGCUGCCAAAGGAAGUGGCGGAUCUUAGAUCGAACGUCUCUUUCGAUGGAGGCGAACCCUUCCUUCCGUUGCCCCAUAAAAACCAAGCCGCAUCUUCGGCUCUGCAUGGUCUACUAGCCAUCGCGGCAGCUCGCAUUCUUCAGCUUCGCGGAGCUACCAAAGUGCCCCAAAUCUUCAUCAACACGGAUCAUGCCUCUCUGUAUCUUGCUGGUUUUGCUAUGAGCACCUUGGAUGGGCAUCCUGUCUCCUCACCUUCCUACCUGAGCCUCAUACCGAAUGUAAAUGAAGAAGAGACCACUUUGCUUCGUCAAGAAAUUAUGAACGUUUACAAGACUAAGGACGGGCGUUUCUUCCACACGCAUUGCUCACUGAAUGCAUCGAGUAUGCUUAAACUCAUCGGGCUCGAUCCUAACCUUGUCGUCAAAGACAUCGAGGAAGCGAGGGAGGUCAUCGGGAAAGAAUGCUUGAAGUAUACUGCUGAGGAACUUAGGAUGCUGUGUCAUUCUAAUGGUAUGGUCGGCGAGAUUGUACUGCAGCCGGCGGAGUUUGACAAUUCCGACCACGGAAAGAUCAUCAACUCUCUUCCGCUUGCGAGAUUCAUUGAUAUAGAGAGCUCCAACCCUGGACCUUCUCCCUUAACGGGACUACCAUCAACGAAUUCUAGACCUCUAGAGGGCAUCCGCGUUGUGGAACUCACCCGGGUCAUAGCAGGCAGCGUCGGCGGACGCUUGCUCGCAGAGUUAGGUGCUGAUGUGGUGAGGGUCAUAGGACCAGACCUGCCCGACUUCUCAAUUUUCCAACCUGAUUAUAACCUAAAUAAACGCCCCGUCCACAUUGAUCUACGCUCGAAGAAAGGUCAAGAGCAAAUGGGUCAUUUGCUGGCAUCUGCAGACAUAUUCUUGCAAGGGUAUAGACCUGGGGCCAUGAACAGGCUUGGUCUCUCGCAUGAGCGGCUUGCCGAGCUUGGAAACAAAAGAGGAAAACCUUAUAUCAUCGUGGACGAAGCGUGCUAUGGUGGUGAGGCGGAGAAUGCUCCAUGGAGUCUCCGACCAGGAUACCAGCAAAUCGCUGAUGGGCUGAGCGGCGUCGCAUGGGAGACCGGUGUAGCAUCUGGAUUGGACGAACCAGUCAUUCCAUGCCUGCCGAUAUCCGACUAUUGCGCAGGCACCUUAUGUACAGUCAUGGCGGUUUUGGGUCUCGUGAGACGUGCCGAACCUGGGAAAUUUGGGGUCAAGGGCAACUCGUUCUUUUCUCCAAUUUCACUCACAGCAUUAGACGUUUGGUUGAGACGUCAGGGUCAAUAUCCGAUUUCGUACGUGCGGGAAAAGCAUGCAUUGCAUGGCUUCAGGUACAAUACUGGUUUGGGGCCUAUGCUUUUCAAGACGCUUCAAGUGAAGUUAGCCCAGGAUCCGUUGUACAACCAGCCGGGAUUCUAUAACGUCAUCGAGCAUGCGCCGUUCGAAGGUAGGGCUCGAGUAACAGGACAACCACGCCGCGAAGAGGGAGGCAAGGGUGUGAAGUACAUAUGUCUUGGUCCAGUUAUCAAGUUUGACGGGAUCGAUACCAGCUACAUUAGUACCGCGCCAUGGGGCUACUUUCGACCUGGCUGGAGCGAAGCAGAUGCGGAUGCGCUCGAGGAGGCACUCGAGGAAGUUCCGUGAGUGGAGAUGCGGAUUGGUAUAUAGGAGACAUUCUGCUCUUGACUGGACGAUACACUCGAACUCAAGCAAGAGCCUCUGAGUCUCAGACCCACGACCGGAGAGGCGGACGGACGAACGAUGGAUAGCUAGACUCUUAUGAUAAAGGUGUCGGUAUAAAUACAUGUCCAACAGUGGAGAUCCC